AGCUCCCUUCAGUCACAACGACAAGGAGUCGAAGGAUUAGAGACCAUGCUGCGUAUUAGAAAAGGAAAGACUUAUCCAGACGGGACGGACUAUAAGUCUGUUCUUUUGGAAAAUAGGCUCUAUACAGCAUUUAUUUUGACCUGUAAAUAUUUCACAGUAAGCCGGGAAGUGUUCUCCGUGACCAGCUAGGCACUUGUGCCUGCAUCUGCUGGUUAGAAGCAGGGGGAGGAGGAAAUAUCACGCUAUAUCUGUCCUGGGACACUCUCCAAGACAGGCUGCAGCUCCCACAAACAUGGUGGUUCAAGGCAACAAAGGAAAAAGAAAAGACUGAGACUCGCUGCUGGGAACUUCUGGCCUCCAGGAAGACCAAAACCACACCAGGGCAAAUCAGAUCAGACAGAACCUGAAACCUUUGGCACUGAUCACAGCAGAAAUCAGACCAUACAAGAUCAGCUCCUGAAUAUACCACAGUAAACAACUGCAGACGACUGUGAGGGAGCAGAUCCUAGUGUGAAAAAUUGAGGAUAUCUGACAUCUGACAAGACAAAGCAGAGCAGUCAUGCCAGGCUCAGGAGGAGCUGACCCAAAGGGAGAAGAUUUCUCUACUGCCAUCCUGAAGCAGAAACACAGACCUAACAGGCUCAUUGUGGACGAAGCUCUCAAUGAAGACAGCAGCAUUGUCAGCCUGCCACAGAAUAAGAUGGAUGAGCUGCAGCUCUUCCGGGGGGACACAGUGGUGUUGAAAGGGCGAAAACGUCGGCAAACGGUGUGUAUCGUCCUGACUGAUGACACCUGUGGGGAUGAACGAAUCCGCAUGAAUCGUGUGACACGCAACAACCUGCGUGUCCGGCUCGGUGACGUCAUUAGUAUUCAUGCCUGCCCUGAUAUCAAGUAUGGGAAAAAGAUCCAUGUCCUCCCAAUUGAUGAAACCAUUGAGGGCCUUACAGGAAACCUCUUUGAAGUUUUCCUCAAACCGUAUUUUCUGGAGGCUUACCGACCUGUACAUAAAGAUGACAUCUUCUUGGUGAGGGGGAGCAUGCGGGCAGUGGAGUUCAAGGUGGUGGAGACUGACCCCAGCCCUCACUGCAUUGUUGCCCCAGACACUGUCAUCUUCUGUGAGGGAGAGCCUAUCAAAAGAGAGGACGAGGAGGAGAGCCUUAAUGACAUCGGCUACGACGACAUCGGAGGCUGUCGGAAGCAGCUGGCCCAGAUCAAAGAGAUGGUGGAGCUGCCUCUCAGGCACCCCGGCCUUUUCAAGGCUAUAGGAGUUAAGCCCCCCAGAGGUAUCCUGUUGUACGGCCCUGCAGGAACAGGGAAGACCCUGGUGGCUCGGGCUGUAGCUAACGAAACUGGUGCCUUCUUCUUCCUCAUCAAUGGUCCUGAGAUCAUGAGUAAGCUGGCGGGAGAGUCAGAGAGCAACCUAAGGAAGGCGUUUGAGGAGGCGGAGAAAAAUGCUCCAGCCAUCAUCUUUAUUGAUGAGCUGGAUGCCAUCGCUCCCAAGAGAGAGAAGACCCAUGGUGAAGUGGAGAGGCGUAUAGUCUCCCAGCUCCUGACCCUGAUGGAUGGCCUGAAGCAAAGAGCUCAUGUGGUUGUCAUGGCAGCCACAAACCGACCAAACAGCAUAGACUCUGCUCUGAGACGCUUUGGCAGGUUUGACCGGGAGAUUGACAUUGGAAUCCCUGAUUCGACCGGCAGACUGGAGAUCCUGCAGAUUCACACCAAAAACAUGAAACUGGCUGAUGACGUCGACCUGGAGAGGAUUGCCACAGAGACCCACGGUCAUGUAGGCGCCGACGUGGCUGCUCUGUGCUCAGAAGCUGCUCUGCAAGCCAUCCGCAAGAAGAUGACCCUCAUAGACCUGGAGGAUGAAUCCAUCGACGCUGACCUGCUCAACUCGCUGGCUGUCACCAUGGAUGACUUCCAAUGGGCGCUGAGUCAGAGCAACCCAUCAGCUCUGAGAGAGACUGUUGCAGAGGUGCCUCAGGUGAGCUGGCAGGACAUCGGGGGACUGGGUGAGGUCAAGAGAGAACUGCAAGAGCUCAUCCAGUACCCUGUUGAGCAUCCGGACAAGUUCCUGAAGUUUGGCAUGACUCCAUCUCGUGGAGUGUUGUUCUACGGCCCUCCAGGCUGUGGGAAAACCCUGCUGGCUAAGGCCAUCGCCAACGAGUGCCAAGCAAACUUUGUCUCCAUCAAAGGACCCGAGAUGCUCACCAUGUGGUUUGGAGAAUCAGAAGCCAAUGUCAGAGAUGUGUUUGAUAAGGCCAGACAGGCGGCCCCCUGCAUCCUGUUUUUCGACGAGUUAGACUCCAUUGCCAAAUCCAGAGGAGGCGGAGCUGGGGAUGCAGGUGGUGCAGCUGACCGAGUCAUCAACCAGAUACUCACAGAGAUGGAUGGCAUGUCCGACAAAAAGAACGUUUUCAUUAUUGGUGCCACGAACAGACCAGACAUCAUAGAUGCUGCCAUCCUGCGGCCAGGCCGUUUGGACCAGCUCAUCUACAUCCCGCUCCCAGACAAACCAUCUCGUACAGCAAUCCUAAACGCCAACCUACGAAAGUCCCCUAUCGCACAAGAUGUGGACCUGGAAUACCUGUCUGGCAUCACAGACGGUUUCUCCGGAGCUGACCUGACAGAGAUCUGCCAGCGGGCUUGUAAGCUGGCCAUCCGUGAGGCUAUCGAAGCCGAAAUCAAGGCUGAGCGUCAGAGGCAGAGCAGACCAGGCAUCCCCAUGGAUGAGGACUUUGAUCCAGUCCCAGAGAUCAGGAAGGACCACUUUGAAGAGGCGAUGCGAUUUGCUCGUCGCUCAGUCAGUGACAACGACAUCCGCAAAUAUGAAAUGUUUGCUCAAACUCUGCAGCAGAGCCGAGGUUUUGGAAACUUCAGGUUCCCUUCUGCUACUGGUACCCAGUCUGGAGGUCAGGGGUCAGGUUCUGGGUCAGGGAGGCCAAACCUGUACAGAGAGGAAGGCAAUGAUGAUCUCUACCAGUGACAAAAACUCAUCAUAUAGUUGAACUGCUACACAACGUUUUCCUCUUCAACUACUGUGCUUGGCUUCCUUGGAGGAAUGGAAAAAUAAAAAUAAUGGGAGUGGAAAUGGGAAACAUGUCAACAUAAUAAUAAUUAUUAUUAUAAGGAUCUAUAAAGUAUGUUAUAAUAUUGACUUUCAAUGUAAAAACCACUACACUCUUACAAGGUUUAUCUUGGAAUACUGAAUGCAGUAUUUUUGUACAAGUAUCUUUGAAGAGUACAGUUUAGAGUACUCUUAAAUGAUGACAAGUCAAAAUGUAUAUGCAUCAUGUACGCACAAUAUAAACGGACAAGACUAGAUUUGACUAGAGAGAGCCACAAGAUUGAGCCACCUGAAAGGGUCAGUUCACACAAAUCACACAAAAAUAUAUUUUUCCACAUAGACCUUGUCUGCUAAUGCACAUAGUCUCAGUUUUGCUAAAGGUUUGAGGUACCAAUACACCCCAAUACAAUUAAUCAAAUAAAUGAACGGAAUUUUCAGGCCCUCAAAGCGUCAAAACAGAUUAUAUUUGAGAAAUGUAAAAGCAAUUCAUUUUUAUAGAAAUGUCCAGGGUUCUUCUUACCUUAUAUAUUACCAAAAACCUGGGGCCCUGGUGCAGUUGCCCACUUGGAAAUCCAGCCUUGCUAUAAAAUAUUGAAUAUAUGAGCUGAAUUGUAAUGUUUGUAUGGUUUACAUCAUUAAAUAUUUCCAAGUGAA